AUGGCCGAUCCUGGGAACAGAAGAGGGAUCUACCGCCCCUUGACCCUUAUCUGCUCCCUGCUCAUUGUGGGAAUGUGCUGUGUGUCUCCUUUCUUCUGCCAUAGCCAGACAGACCUGCUGGCUCUUAACCAAGCUGAUCCUCAGUGCUGGGAAUCUUCUUCAGUGCUCCUCCUGGAAAUGCGGAAGCCUCGAAUUUCUAACACUGUUUCAGGUUUCUGGGAUUUUAUGAUCUACCUGAAGUCAUCUGAGAACUUGAAGCAUGGGGCACUGUUUUGGGAUCUGGCCCAACUCUUCUGGGACAUCUAUGUGGACUGUGUCCUCUCCAGGAACCAUGGCUUAGGAAGGAGGCAAUUGACUGGGAAGGAAGAGAAGAUUUCAGCAAUGCAUCCACAGCACACAGGAAGAAAACAAGGUGCAUAUUCUCAGCAACUAAGAACACCUUUCCUAAAGAAGAAAGAGUUGAUUGAAGGUUUGAUGGGCAUGCACUUGCACAGGAGUGGGUCUAAGUUCAUCGGAAAAGUCGCCAGUGGCCUGGAAAUAAAAAGAAAAUAA